UAUCUAUUUAUCUCUUCUCUUCAAACUACCGUAGACGUGUCACAUGGCUUCGAGUGGUCUAUAUUUAACCUGUCGCUGAUCGGCGCCACGGCAGGUCUUUUCUUCAUGCUCAUGGUGUCCCUUAUUGUACAUCUCUGCAGAUGCUGCAGUCGAAAACAUGAAUCAGAGGUAUUGGUCACCUUCGUCAAAAGGAAAAAGUCGUCCAUUCGAAACGAGCAGGCCAUUGGAAAACGACCAGCAAACACCAACACUUUGUUGCAGCUACCCGCAAUAUCCUACGACAAUGCUGAUGAAUCAGCUAUUCAUGGUGGGUCCAGUCGGGACAACAACGAUUUCAUGAGUUCUGCUGAAGGAAUCUACAUGGACAUUCCUGACCGUCCUUUUAUUACGUCAAAUAUCGAGCGUGAUGAUCAGACCUACCAAACAGACGAGGACGGCUAUGCGAAGCCGCGCAAUCUGAUCGAAACGGACUUCGCAGAGCCAUCGGUGACGCCGACUCCCAUGACGAGCCCGAUGACUAACCACCUGACCAGGCACGUGACCGGACCAGUGACGAGCGCGAAGCCCACCCCAGUUUCACGCCCCUUGAGGUAUCCUAAAGUUUAAGUACAAUUAAACAUAUUACAAAGAUUUCGAGAAUCCAACUCAAGGGCAGCUCUGGAGGA